AAGCACACCAAAGCUGUCCACAGACACAGCCAUAACAUGUUUUUGCUGUCGACACGGCUCAAAACCGCCGCAAGGAUCCGGAAUGGCUACUCCAAAUGUUUAUUCUCCUCGUCCACCCCUUUCAGAAUUGAAUUGGCAUAUCAAUUGAUUGAGCCGCCAACGCAAGAGAAGAAACGUAAUGGACAGCCCAUUGUGUUUAUGCAUGGAUUUAUGGGGAAUAAAUUGAAUAAUCGGAGCAUCAGCAAAGCUCUCGCACGAGACUUGAAUCGGGAUAUCUAUAUCGUGGAUCUCCGAAAUCACGGCGAUUCUCCGCAUGUACCAGAACACACAUACACACAUCUCGCAAACGAUGUAUCCGACUUCAUCAAGCUACAUCGCCUCAGAAAGACGGUUCUAAUAGGACAUUCGAUGGGUGCCAAAGCGGCCAUGGUACUUGCUCUGCAAUCACCAGAAACCGUUACCGGUCUAAUCCCUGUCGACAACGCGCCCGUAUCCGCCAUGCUAGGUUCUCCAUUUAAUGACUACGUCAAGGGCAUGAAAGAGAUUUCCGAAGCCCGCGUAACAAGACAGAGUGAAGCUGAUCAGAUCUUGGCGAAAUACGAACCUUCCCUCGCAAUCCGCCAAUUCCUCCUAACAAACCUGAUCCGAGACCCAGAAACAGACAACAAAACCCUGAAAUUCCGCGUUCCCAUUGACACCCUAGGCUCAAAUCUUGACGAAAUGGCCGACUUCCCCUGGAAAUUCGACAGAGAGAACGACAGCAACAACGCAGACCUGCCAACGUACAAUGGUCCAACACUCAUUGUUCGCGGCUUGCAAUCGAAAUACGUCAGUGAUAAGAGGUUACCAGCCGUCAAGCGUUUCUUUCCCAAUGCCCAGAUUGUAGGUAUUGAUGCUGGUCAUUGGGUUAUUUCGGAGAAGCCGGAGGAGUUUAGACAGGCGGUAGUAAAGUUCUUCCGUGAGAACGAUAUCGAGUAAUAUUGAUCGAUUCGGGUUGGUCCAUAUACGAUAGAUCUCCUUUUGAAAUGCCCACUUCUUGCAUUUGACUGUAUUUCUUGAGGGGAGGGCAUUUUUGUAAUGUACAUAGAUUUAUAGGUCGCAUACAUAUGUGCACAAUCAAGCCAUGGGUUGAUUGUUAAAAAGUGGGAUUCAUGGACGACGUUUCAAUUGUGC